AACAGCAUUGUCGGGUCUUCUUCAUCAUCAAAGUCGUCCUUUCUUGUUCUGAUUUCAGGAACCCCAAUUGAAUGGAGGAAUACAAGCGGAAAUGGAGGCGACUCAAGUCCAAGUCUUCCACAGAUUUUUCUCUCAUCAACAAUCUAGAUGAUGGCUGCCUCAUGCACAUCUUUAGUUUUCUCUCACCAAUUCCAGAUCGGUAUAACACCGCCCUCGUUUGCCACAGAUGGCGAUUCUUGGCAUGCCAUCCUCAGCUUUGGUUGCGAGUAGACCGUUCUGUGAAGGAUUUAUCUCAGCCUGGAGUUUAUCCGAACAUUGAGAUGGCCGUCUCUGCUGCAAGGCCUGGGGACACUAUACUGAUUGCUGCAGGAGGCAGCCAUCAUGUGUCAAAUAUUCAGAUUGAAAAGCCACUAUGCUUGACUGGCGCAGGUGAGAGUCCUGAUGAUACAACCCUUAUUUGCUCCCGCAGCUCAGACAGCGCAUUGGAGUUCAUGUCCACAUGUAAGCUGGCUAAUUUGACUGUGAGGACAGAGCUCGGUUGCUGCUUGCUUCAUAGGAGCGGGAAGCUCACAAUUGAUGGGUGCAUUCUUCAGUGCGAGUCGAACCCUCUGGACCAUCUCUCCUAUGCAAUUAUCAGUACUGCUUGUGCUUCUGAGGUUGUGCCAUCAGCACCCAAGACUUGUAGUAAUGGUGUUUCAGUUCUGAGAACUCGAAUUGAAGGAGGUGCCAAAGCUGUCCUAACCAGUGGAACACUUUCAUUGCAGCGAGUACGCGUCAUUUAUACUCGUACAUCACUCUUCUUCUGGUUUGAGGUAGAAAGCAGUGACAAAAGUAUUGUGCAAUCUACAGCGGUUGAAUUACCAGUUAGUUAGUCAAUCUGCAGUUCCAAUUGUUGUUAUCCUCUCUGUCACCUAUCUUGAAAAGAGGAAAGGGGCUGAGAGGGGGUUGGCUGCAACAUAUUGUUCAAAUUCUGUACUCAGUUUUAAUGUAUCAUUGUGCAAAAGUUCUUGGUUCUUUAGUAGCAGUUGUAGCUCUUCCUGCAGUUCACUGAUGCAUGCAUUGCAAGAGGCCCCUAUCUCAGUUCACUUGUCUAGCAAAUACUGCCAGACAGGCUAUUCUUCCAACUUCUCCGAAUGAGUAAUUGUGUUUUAUGAACCAUCUCAUCUCUCAAGGAUUUGACGUUUUAUUUAUUUGUAGUUCGAUUGAAUAUGGUUUGAUGAUCACUUUCUCUCUCUGAGAGCUAUUUAAAUCAAUGAAAAGUUAGAUCUCACUUCUGUUUA